CGGCGGGCGGCCACCCGGAGCCAGCGGCGGCGGAGGGACAGGCCCACCCCCGGGGCAGCUGCCGGCCAUGCCCGCCGUCGGCCUCCUCCUGCUGUUCCUCCUUGCCGUGGGGCGGGCCCUGGGUGGCAGCACGCCCUUCCCUGCCUUCUCAGUGACGGACACCUCGCUCACCCAUCUGGCCGUGCACCGGGUGACCGGGGAGGUGUUUGUGGGUGCGGUGAAUCGCGUCUUCAAGCUGGCCCCCAACCUGACCGAGCUGCGGGUCCACGUCACGGGGCCCGUCGAGGACAACGCUCGCUGCUACCCACCCCCCAGCAUGCGUGUCUGUGCCCACCGCCUGGCGCCUGUGGACAACGUGAACAAGCUGCUGCUCAUAGACUACGCAGCCCGCCGCCUGGUGGCCUGCGGCAGCAUCUGGCAGGGCAUCUGCCAGUUCCUGCGCCUGGACGACCUCUUCAAGCUGGGCGAGCCGCACCACCGCAAGGAGCACUACCUGUCGGGGGCCCAGGAGCCGGACUCCAUGGCGGGCGUCAUCGUGGAGCAGGGCCAGGGGCCCAGCAAGCUGUUCGUGGGCACCGCCGUGGAUGGCAAGUCUGAGUACUUCCCCACGCUGAGCUCCCGAAAGCUCAUCGGCGACGAGGACGGUGCCGACAUGUUCAGUCUGGUGUACCAGGACGAGUUCGUCUCCUCUCAGAUCAAGAUCCCCUCAGACACGCUGUCCUUGUACCCAGCCUUCGACAUCUACUACGUCUACGGCUUCGUGAGCGCCUCCUUCGUGUACUUCCUGACACUGCAGCUGGAUACCCAGCAGACACUGCUGGACACGGCAGGCGAGAAAUUCUUCACGUCCAAGAUCGUGCGCAUGUGCUCGGGGGACUCGGAGUUCUACUCGUACGUGGAGUUCCCCAUCGGCUGCUCCUGGCGCGGCGUGGAGUACCGCCUGGUGCAGAGCGCCCACCUGGCCAAGCCCGGCCUGCUGCUGGCCCAGGCCCUGGGUGUGCCGGCCGACGAGGACGUCCUCUUCACCAUCUUCUCUCAGGGCCAGAAGAACCGGGCCAGCCCGCCGCGGCAGACCAUCCUCUGCCUCUUUACCCUCAGCAGCAUCAACGCCCACAUCCGGCGCCGCAUCCAGUCCUGCUACCGUGGGGAGGGCACGCUGGCCCUGCCUUGGCUGCUGAACAAGGAGCUGCCCUGUAUCAACACCCCCAUGCAGAUAAACGGAAACUUCUGCGGGCUGGUGUUGAACCAGCCGCUGGGCGGCCUGCACGUGAUCGAGGGCCUGCCCCUGCUAGCCGACAGUACUGAUGGCAUGGCCAGUGUGGCCGCCUACCCCUACCAGCAGCACUCUGUGGUCUUCAUCGGCACCCGCAGCGGCAGUCUGAAGAAGGUACGGGUCGACGGCUCUCAGGAGGCCCACCUGUAUGAGACGGUGCCUGUGGUGGACGGCAGCCCCAUACUCCGUGACCUGCUCUUCAGCCCCGACCACCGGCACGUCUACCUCCUGAGCGAGAAGCAGGUGAGCCAGCUCCCGGUGGAGACCUGCGAGCAGUACCCAAGCUGCGCCGCCUGCCUGGGCUCGGGGGACCCGCACUGUGGGUGGUGUGUGCUGCAGCACAGAUGCUGCCGCCAUGGGGCCUGUCCAGGCGCCUCGGCCCCGCGUGGCUUCGCCAAGGAGCUGAGCAAGUGUGUCCAGGUGCGGGUCCGGCCCAACAAUGUGUCGGUGACGUCGCCUGGGGUGCAGCUGACCGUGGCCAUAAGCAACGUGCCGGACCUCAGUGCGGGCGUGAGCUGUGCCUUCGAGGAGGUGACCGAGAGCGAGGCCGUCCUGCUGCCCUCUGGAGAGUUACACUGUCCCUCGCCUUCCCUGCAGGAGCUCCGGGCUCUCACCCGGGGGCACGGGGCCGCGCGCACCGUGCAGCUGCAGCUGCUCUCCAAGGAGAGCGGCGUGAGCUUUGCUGGGGCUGACUUCGUCUUCUACAACUGCAGCGCCCUCCAGUCGUGCAUGUCCUGCGUCGGCAGCCCUUACCCCUGCCACUGGUGUAAGUACCGCCACGUGUGUACCAGCCGCCCCCACGAGUGCUCCUUCCAGGAGGGCAGGGUCCACAGCCCCGAGGGCUGCCCUGAGAUCCUGCCCAGCGGGGACCUCCUGAUCCCAGCAGGUGUCACGCAGCCUCUCACCCUGCGGGCCAAGAACCUGCCGCAGCCCCAGUCGGGCCAGAAGAACUACGAGUGUGUGGCCCGGGUGCAGGGGCGGCAGCAGCGGGUGCCUGCCGUCCGCUUCAACAGCAGCAGCGUGCAGUGUCAGAACGCCUCGUACUCCUAUGAAGGUGACGAGUAUGGUGACACCGAGCUGGACUUCUCCGUGGUCUGGGAUGGAGAUUUCCCCAUCGACAAGCCCGCUACCUUCCGAGGUGACCGGCGGGCUGGGGCCGAGGAGCUCGCCUCCUGGGGCGGAGAAGGCACGUGCUGGGGCCGGGCCCACAGGGCACCCUUCGUCGGGGCCCGUAGCUGCCCCCCAGCGGCGCCUUCUGUGCCCACAGCCCUCCUGUACAAGUGCUGGGCGCGGCGGCCCAGCUGUGGCCUCUGCCUCAAGGCUGACCGUCGCUUCAACUGUGGCUGGUGCAUCUCGGAGCACAGGUGCCAGCUACGGGCCCACUGCCCGGCCCCCAAGACCAACUGGGUGCGCGCAGGCCAGAAGGGCGCCCGCUGCAGCCACCCCCGCAUUGCCCAGAUCCACCCGCUCACGGGGCCCAAGGAGGGAGGCACCCGGAUCACCAUCGUGGGCGAGAACCUGGGCCUCACCUCCCGAGACGUGGGCCUGCGGGUGGCCGGCGUGCGCUGCAACUCCAUCCCCGCCGAGUACGUCAGUGCCGAGAGGAUCGUGUGUGAGAUGGAGGAGUCGCUGGUGCCCAGCCCGCCACCAGGGCCUGCGGAGCUCUGCAUCAGCGACUGCUCGGCUGACUUCCGCACGCAGUCUGAGCAGCUCUACAGUUUCGUGACGCCCACGUUCGACCGCGUGAGUCCCAGUCGGGGCCCAGCCUCGGGGGGCACGCGGAUCACCAUUUCCGGUCAUUCUCUGGACGCCGGCAGCAGAGUCGCAGUGACCGUGAGAGACGGCGAAUGCCAGUUCGUGAGGAGGGAUGCGGAAGCGAUCGUGUGCAUCUCGCCUGUCUCCACCCUGGGCCCGAGCCAGGCCUCCAUCACCCUGGCCAUCGACCGCGCCAACAUCUCCAGUCCCGGCGUCCUCUACACCUACACCCAGGACCCCACCGUCACUCGCCUCGAGCCCACCUGGAGCAUCAUCAAUGGAAGCACCUCCAUCACCGUGAGCGGGACCCACCUGCUGACGGUCCAGGAGCCCCGGGUCCGGGCCAAGUACCGAGGCAUCGAGACCACCAACACGUGCCGGGUGAUCAACGACACCGCCAUGCUGUGUAAGGCCCCUGGCAUCUUCCUGGGGCGGCCCCAGCCGCAGGCCCAGGGUGAGCACCCUGACGAGUUCGGCUUCCUGCUGGACCACGUGCAGACGGCCCGUUCCCUCAACCGGUCCUCCUUCACCUACUACCCCGACCCCAGCUUCGAGCCGCUCGGGCCCUCUGGGGUCCUGGAUGUCAAGCGUGGCUCCCACGUAGUGCUGAAGGGCAAGAACCUGAUCCCUGCGGCGGCCGGCAGCUCCCGCCUCAACUACACGGUGCUGAUCGGGGGCCAGCCGUGCACGCUCACCGUCUCGGACACGCAACUCCUGUGCGACUCCCCCAGCCAGACGGGCCGGCAGCCGGUCAUGGUGCUGGUGGGCGGCCUGGAGUUCUGGCUGGGCACCCUGCACAUCACGGCCGACCGGGCGCUGAGCCUGCCGGCCGCGGUGGGGCUGGCGGCGGGGGGCGCGCUUCUGCUGCUGGCCAUCACUGCCGUGCUGGUCGCCUACAAACGCAAGACUCAGGAUGCCGACCGCACGCUCAAGCGCCUCCAGCUCCAGAUGGACAACUUGGAGUCCCGGGUGGCCCUGGAAUGCAAGGAAGCCUUCGCUGAGCUGCAGACAGACAUCAACGAGCUGACGAACCACAUGGAUGGCGUGCAGAUCCCCUUCCUGGACUACCGGACCUACGCCGUGCGCGUGCUCUUCCCGGGCAUCGAGGCCCACCCAGUGCUCAAGGAGCUGGAUACACCCCCCAAUGUCGAGAAGGCCCUGCGUCUCUUUGGGCAGCUGCUGCACAGCCGCGCCUUCGUGCUCACCUUUAUCCACACUCUGGAGGCUCAGAGCAGCUUCUCCAUGCGCGACCGUGGCACUGUGGCCUCGCUCACUAUGGUGGCCCUGCAGAGCCGCCUCGAUUAUGCCACGGGGCUGCUCAAGCAACUGCUGGCGGACCUCAUCGAGAAGAACCUCGAGAGCAAGAACCACCCAAAGCUGCUCCUGCGCAGGACCGAGUCCGUGGCUGAGAAGAUGCUCACCAACUGGUUCACCUUCCUGCUGCAUAAGUUUCUGAAGGAGUGCGCCGGGGAGCCGCUCUUCCUGCUGUUCUGCGCCAUCAAGCAGCAGAUGGAGAAGGGCCCCAUCGACGCCAUCACGGGCGAGGCGCGCUACUCCCUGAGCGAGGACAAGCUCAUCCGCCAGCAGAUCGACUACAAGACGCUGACCCUGCACUGUGUGUGCCCGGAGAGCGAGGGCAGCGCUCAGGUCCCGGUGAAGGUUCUCAAUUGUGACAGUAUCACCCAGGCCAAAGACAAGCUGCUAGAUGCUGUGUACAAGGGCAUCCCCUACUCUCAGCGUCCCAGAGCUGAGGACAUGGACCUAGAGUGGCGCCAGGGCCGCAUGGCCCGCAUCAUUCUCCAGGACGAGGAUGUCACCACCAAAAUCGAGUGUGACUGGAAGAGGGUCAACUCACUGGCCCACUACCAGGUAACAGACGGUUCCUUGGUGGCACUGGUGCCCAAACAAGUGUCAGCCUACAACAUGGCCAACUCCUUCACCUUCACCCGCUCUCUCAGCCGUUAUGAGAGCUUGCUCCGCACGGCCAGCAGCCCUGACAGCCUCCGCUCUCGGGCACCCAUGAUCACGCCCGACCAGGAGACGGGCACCAAGCUGUGGCACCUGGUGAAGAACCACGACCACGCCGACCACCGAGAGGGAGACCGAGGCAGCAAGAUGGUCUCGGAGAUCUACCUGACGCGGCUGCUGGCCACCAAGGGCACACUGCAGAAGUUCGUGGACGACCUCUUCGAGACCGUGUUCAGCACGGCGCACCGGGGCUCGGCCCUGCCCCUGGCCAUCAAGUACAUGUUCGACUUCCUGGACGAGCAGGCCGACCAGCGGCAGAUCGGCGAUCCCGACGUGCGCCACACCUGGAAGAGCAACUGCCUGCCCCUGCGCUUCUGGGUGAACGUGAUCAAGAACCCGCAGUUCGUGUUCGACAUCCACAAGAGCAGCAUCACGGACGCCUGCCUGUCGGUGGUGGCCCAGACCUUCAUGGACUCCUGCUCGACGUCCGAGCACCGCCUGGGCAAGGACUCGCCCUCCAACAAGCUGCUCUACGCCAAGGACAUCCCCAGCUACAAGAGCUGGGUGGAGAGGUACUACCGGGACAUCGCCAAGAUGGCGUCCAUCAGUGACCAGGACAUGGACGCGUACCUGGUGGAGCAGUCCCGUCUCCAUGCCAGUGACUUCAACGUCCUGAGCGCGCUCAGUGAGCUCUAUUUCUACGUUACCAAGUACCGCCAGGAGGUUCUCACCGCUCUGGACCGAGAUGCCUCUUGCCGGAAGCAGAAGCUGCGCCAGAAGUUGGAACAUAUCAUCGGCCUCGCAUCCAGCAACAGCUAAGGGAGGUGGACCCCGUGAGGAGGGGGCUUCUCAGUCCUGAGCCGUACUCCCGUGCAGAGGGGCGUCUCCCGCCUGGGUCCCGGGGCUGAGCCCUGGAUCGGGUGGCAUGAGGUCACCGGGCCAAGAUGCCCCUGGCACAGCCGGGCCCCCGUCAUUAGUGCCUUGCUUUGGGCCCUGCAUGGGGAGGGGGUGACCGGACCAAGCCCCCCACCCCGGCAGCAGCAAUACCCCCGCCCUCCUGCCCUCGUGCCGGGGGUUGUGGUUGCCCCUGCCCUCCUUGCUAUUUAUACCCCAACCACCUAUUUAUUUAAUUUAUCUCCACCUCACCGUCGUCUCCAUCUGUAAAUACGCGCCCCCUCCUCCCCCGGACC